CAAAUGUUGCAGCGAGAGGAGCAGAGCAGAGAAAGAGACUAGUGGGGAAAAGUUUGCAAAAGGAUCAGGACUAACCUGGAAAGCCUUGUAGACUGGUUUUAUGUGCCUGAGAAGUCCUUUCUGCUCUUUUUGACAUUUCGCAACCAUUGUAUUUGACUGUUUGUAGGCUUAUUUGAGAUCGAAAAGGACUGUAACAAUCAUGGAACUGCUUUGUCUCGAGAUGGACACCAUUGUAAGAGCCCGUCCUGACCCGAAUCUUCUAUAUGAUGACAGGGUACUACAAAGCUUGUUGACCAUCGAAGAGAGGUUUCUUCCCCAGUGUUCAUAUUUUAAAUGUGUUCAGAAAGAAAUUCAGCCCUUUAUGCGGAGGAUGGUGGCAACUUGGAUGUUGGAGGUCUGCGAGGAACAGAAAUGCGAGGAAGAAGUUUUUCCACUGGCUAUGAACUACUUGGACCGAUUUUUAUCGGUGGUACCAACAAGAAAAUGUAACUUGCAGUUGCUCGGCGCAGUAUGCAUGUUUCUUGCGUCUAAAUUGAAAGAGACGCGUCCAUUAACUGCAGAGAAGCUGUGCAUCUACACUGAUAACUCAAUCAGACCGCAGGAACUGCUGGAAUGGGAGCUGGUUGUUCUGGGCAAAUUGAAGUGGAAUCUGGCUGCUGUCACUCCCAAUGACUUUAUUGAGCACAUUAUGAGGAAACUUCCGCUGCCUGAGGAUAAACUGGACCUGAUCCGUAAACAUGUGCAGACUUUCAUCGCCCUUUGUGCAACAGAUUUCAACUUUGUCAUGCACCCUCCAUCCAUGAUUGCAACGGGAAGCGUGGCAGCAGCUAUCUGUGGCCUGCAGCUUAACAGCACUAACCGCUCACUGUGGGGAGACAACCUAACAGAGUUACUCGCCAAGAUCACAAACACAGAAGUUGAUCUGUUAAAGGCAUGCCAGGAGCAGAUUGAAAGAGUGUUGAUGAAUAACCUGAGGGAGGGCCGCCGGCAGCAGCAGAAACAGCAACAGCAGCAGCAGGAACAGGGUGGCCCGCGCAGCAAAGCACUUGAUGACCAAGACCAGUCCAGCACCCCAACCGAUGUACGAGACAUCAACUUGUGAGCUUGCUGCAGGAACGCUAUGAUCAGUCUUCAAGAAAAAAAAAAGAAAAAAACAACAAAAAACUAAAAUGACAAAAAAACAAACAACCCCAACAAAAAGUGCUUGCUAGUCUUUGUAGAGUUUUAUCUUCAUUUUCAAGUAAAAAUUGCUCCCAUAAAUGGAAAAAAAUUAAUAAAAAGCUAUUUUAGAUACAAAAAAUUUAUAUUUUUAAAAUGAUUUGAUACUGAUGCAAAAAGCUCUACGGUGCCUCAGACUCUUAGAAGGGAAGCGUGUAGUAUUUUGCAAACUCUUUUGAUUGUGUAAACAUAAUAUGAUAUUUAAUGCAAAAGUGUUAGUGUAAAGGGCUUUUCAAAAUAGAGAGUCUACUGUAUCAGACUGGCUUGAAAGGGUACAAAAAGUGGGGCUAUGUUUUUUUUUCCUGUUUUGUUGUGAUUUAUUUUUUUUCAAUUUUUGGUUCAUGUUGGAAUGCCUGAACUUGAACACACAAUGAGGUGCCAUAAGUAUGAAUGGACGCACCCAUUCACUUGGCUGUGCAUUAGGACCAGAAAUAGGGAUUUAAAAAGGAGUGGUGAGACACAAGUCUUAUGCUAAGAAUGCAGUGCUCUUUUGCUAGGGCAACAGGGGCUUAUAUCUUGAGAAUAGACUAUUAAUAUUAUUUCUAUUAAGAUUAUUAUUAUUAUUUCUGUUAAACAAGCAAGUUAUUGUCUCUCGAUGCUAAAGUUACAGACACUUCAAAUAAGCUUUUGUCAAGCUGCUUGUGUGCAUGCAUUUAUGUGUGGUGUAUGUUGGCUCAUGUGCAACAGUGUACAAGUUACUCUAUAUCAAGCACUCAUGUGUGAGUCAUGUGGGCUUUGUUUAUCUUGAUUAUCAUCUAUCUGCAUGUGUUUGGUUAUAGAGACUGGUUCAGUGGAGGGAACAUGGUCAAAGAACUGGACGGGAUAGUACAUGAUUCCACAAUGCUUGGAGGGCCUCCUGUAUCAGUGCCUUAUAUUAAAUGCUUUUUUUACUGGCCUGGAAACUGCUUGAGGGCUGAGCCCAACCCAGU